CACAAAGUCGAUGUUUUUUGAUAAUCUACCGCUAUGCAUUAUCACCUUUGGCAUUAUAUAUUUAUCAGAAUUUUAAGUCAGCAUUAAAAAAAAAGAAGACUGACGAAGUAUCUGUUUUAAAAGGGUGGCAAAUAUCUUUAUUGUUUUGUUGUAUACUUCGAGGGAAAGUUUUCGUUAUUAAAAACAAGAAAACAAGCAAAAUGAAUCAAGUCACAAUAUUUCUGUUCAUAUUUGGAUUGGUGACAGUUUACAGUUUAAGUGAUGAUGAAAUCGAGAAAGUGAAAAACCUAGUCGAUGCAGAAUUACUGAAGCGAGAGAUGGAUGUCGUGGUAGCAAAGAAACCAGUUGCAGCAAAGCCAGUAACAACUCCACAUCCUGAUCACGAGUUACAACAUUCAGUUGAUUUGUGUUUGGAUAUGUACGGUUCCAAAAAAUGUAAGGUUUUGAAAGGGUAUUUAGAUUGUGAUAAAGACAGAAUGCAUGAAAUGUGUGAAAAAACAUGUGGUUUUUGCGGAAAUCAUAUGAAUCCGAUGGUACAAUGUCAUAACACAGAAUUUGGAUGUUGUAAUGACGGUUUGACCGUAAAAACUGAUCCUUUUGGAUCUACAUGUCCAGUUUGCAAAGAUAACGUGGAAUCACUGUGCGUCGACCACGUGAGUGACUGUAACGAAGUAGGGAUGGUUGGUGAAUGGAUGCGGCUGAACUGCAAAAAAUCAUGUGAUCUGUGUAAAAAAGAUGAGAAGAAAGGUAAGACAGCUGUUGAUUCGAACUGUCAUGAUGAUAAAGAGCAAGAACAAUUUUGUCCUGGUUGGAAGGCUGAAGGGUUGUGUGAACAAAUCCCACAGAUGAUGUCAAUACAUUGCGCGAAAACAUGCGGUUUGUGUUAAGCGAGACAUUCUGUUUACAACAUUAAGCAAUGUAAUUUAAUGGGCGAGGUGAUGCAGCAAUCGAAGAAUCAUCAAGAUGCAUUUCAAUUUUUCUUUCUGAAAAAACAAAAACAAAAAAAGAAUUGUUAUUAUUCACAAAAACAAAGUGUUUUUUUUGUGUAUGCUACUGGAAGCUUUGACUUUUCUGAAUUGAAAUGCACCUUUAUGUUUCAUGUUGAAAUUUGAACAAACAAGACUUGGUCUUGAUGACUACUGCACUAUAUAAUCUAAGUAUUUUAGUAAAAGAGGCACGCACAUAUUGACGUCUAACGGAUCAAGUUUUGUGUAACCGUAGAAAUUAAAAAGAGUUUCAUAGUGAAACGUUGGUAUCAAGUUUUUCUUGUUUCUGAUUGGCUGUAUAUAAUCACAUGAUAUUUGUCUUUAUUAGUCAACUUUAUUCCUAAUUAGUCAUUAACUGUUACUGUAGUCUGUGUAAGAGCGUUUGUAUAACUCUUUCUUUGAAAUAAAUGACAAAACCGAAACGACUUAACUGAAUAGGCAUUAACAGCAGGAUAUUUUAUUGCCAUCGAAUUUUUUUAUGAUAAAAUAUAUAACGUAUGGUGUAAACGCACAUUUAAGUAGAAGUGUAAGGGUAUAAUCACACUAACCGGGUUUGGUAAGUAAAAAUGUUAAGUAGAAUGUUAUGUAACAAUUUUUUUAGGGGCUAUUUUGAUUUUAACAGCAGUAAAAGUACAAAAGUGAUUAGCAGUGAAUUUUUAAUUUAGUAUAAUAAACCACAUCUUAUGGCCUCACUUACCUGUGUAGGAAUUUUAGUUUUGUAUCUUUUUUCAGACCACGAGACUUGUAAAUAAUUGGCCUAUGUAAAUCUGUUCUUUCGGA